UACACACACACACACACACGGUCACACACACGGUCACACACAGGCGAACCGUCACUCUCCUUUAACAUCAGCAGCGACUCCCUGACAGAGCCACAGCCGCUCAGCCGCCAAGCAGCGCGCCCGCCGUUUGGAUGUGCGCAGCUCCAGGGCUUGGUGGGAAGCGGUGAAGUUUCCCCGAAGACCAGUCAGGAUCACCCAGAGACGAUGCCUUCCACCUCAAGACGAAUCUCACUGGCUGAUCUGUGGAUUUGCUGAUUCUCAAUUUUUUCUUUCUUUUUGGAAGUUAUUCAGCAGUAGGGAGCGGUUUUGAGGAUGCUCCCACAAGUCGUUCGGAUUCUGUAUGUCUUGUCUUUUUGCUUUUUCCAAGGAGGCUUUAUCAGACUAAGCUCCUGUAAGGAAGAGAUAAAGCCCCCCAGCAGGGCUGGACCACAGCUUUCUCCUUCAGACUUCCUGGACAAGCUCAUGGGGAAAACAUCAGGGUACGAUGCCCGCAUCAGACCCAACUUCAAAGGCCCUCCUGUGAAUGUCACCUGCAAUAUUUUCAUCAACAGUUUUGGGUCGAUCACAGAAACUACAAUGGACUACAGGCUCAACGUCUUUCUACGGCAAAAAUGGAAUGACCCCCGCCUGGCAUAUAGUGAAUACCCAGAUGACUCUCUAGAUCUGGACCCGUCCAUGCUAGACUCUAUCUGGAAACCUGAUUUAUUCUUCGCAAACGAGAAAGGAGCCAAUUUCCAUGAGGUCACGACUGAUAAUAAGCUGCUACGGAUUUUCCAAGAUGGCAGCGUUCUUUACAGCAUCAGGUUGACUCUAACUCUGUCCUGCCCUAUGGACUUGAAGAAUUUCCCAAUGGACAUUCAGACCUGUACCAUGCAGCUUGAAAGCUUCGGUUACACCAUGAAUGACCUGAUCUUUGAAUGGCUGUCUGACAACCCCGUUCAGGUGGCUGAUGAUCUCACCCUCCCACAGUUUGUGCUGAAAGAAGAGAAGGAUUUGGGUUACUGCACGAAGCACUACAAUACAGGUAAAUUCACCUGCAUCGAGGUAAAGUUCCACCUGGAAAGGCAGAUGGGUUACUACCUGAUACAGAUGUACAUCCCUUCACUCCUCAUCGUCAUCCUCUCCUGGGUGUCUUUUUGGAUUAAUAUGGACGCUGCGCCAGCCAGAGUUGGUCUGGGUAUCACCACCGUGCUGACGAUGACCACACAGAGUUCUGGCUCCAGAGCAUCGCUCCCCAAAGUGUCAUACGUGAAGGCCAUUGACAUUUGGAUGGCAGUGUGUCUUCUGUUCGUGUUCGCAGCCCUGCUGGAGUACGCAGCUGUCAACUUUGUCUCAAGGCAACACAAGGAGUUCAUCAGGCUGAGGAAAAAGCAGCGACAGCAGAGAAUAACGAUUGGCAGUCAGGCUGGGAGUGUUGAGUCGUUGCGGAAAGGCGCUGACAAUCCUGGUAACAACUCAGCCUACAGAAGUCUGAGUCAGCGUUGCAGCGUCUGUGCAAGGGAGGAAGAACUUGUGAGGGAGAGUCGUGGCUUUUACUUCAGGGGUUAUGGACUUGGUCACUGCCUGCAAACCAAGGAUGGUACUGGUGUGGAAGGAGCUACAGUGUUCGCACCACCACCCCCGAUCACCAUGUUCAACGGAGAAGUGCUGCACAAGCGUUUUGUGGACCGGGCCAAGCGGAUCGACACCAUAUCCAGAGCCGUCUUUCCCUUGAGCUUUCUCAUAUUCAACAUCUUCUACUGGGUCACGUAUAAAGUGCUACGACAUGAAGACAUCCAUGCAAAUUUGUAAAAAUACUUUUCGCCAUUAUUAUGUGUUACUUUUUCUUCCCUCUGAACCAAAACUGCCUGUUUGAUCUACAUGAAAAUGAGGAAAAUGUGUCGAAAGGCAUCACUGCUUCUCAGAGCCACAAAACAAAAAGGACAACUUUGUGCUCAGGUGCAUCUUCAGAAUCCCAGACAUUGGCAGAUUAAGACUAGAUUAAUCUGAGUGGCUCUAUGCUGGGGUAAGUGCGUUUUUGUUUUGAUUUGCUCGGAUCACAGGGCAGAACCCCUCCGGCACUUGUGGGCGUUGUUCCAGACGGUAAAGCUGAUCCUGGCUGAAUGAGACAAACGGACUUGAAUUUUGACACAGCUUUAAAUGAAUGUUUUUACAACUUCAAAUGAAUCUAUGUUGGGAAAGGGGAGGGCUCUUUGAUAUUUAUGAUUAUUAAUUAAACAAGGCUUAAUGAUUUUAGGUAUGUGUAACUAAAAAUUAUAUAUAAAAUGUAAUAAAUUGUAUAUAAAACAAAACUGUUAAUUAA